AUGCGUUUCACUCCCUCAAACUUACUGUCUUUACUGGCAGUGGGAGCCAUCCUCCAGCCUGUCGUUGUUCCUAGGGCAAUUACUACUGGACUUAUCAAUGGAAGAGAUGAAUCCGGCUUGACCAAGUGUGAUGUUACUCUCGGUUGUGUGGAUAAGACCAUCCAGGUCCCCGAUUUAGAAGAUCAUGCGGUUAUCCCAGCCCUUCAAAAGAGAAAGGGAAGAAGGCCUGGGAGUAAUAAUAAGCCCAACAGGAAUGGUCAUGGAAAACCUAGCAAGCCAGCUACCAGUCCUACCACAAGCCCAAAACCAAGCCCAACAACAAAACCAUCUUCUGUAUCGACUACCCAGCCAGCAAAGACUUCCCCGACAACCUCAAAAGAGGAACCAACUACUAGCUCCAAGGUACACUCAUCGACCAGCUCAAAAGUUGUCUCUAAUACCCGAACAACCUCAUCUGUAACCUCUUCUCGAUUAACUUCACCAUCAACGUCCAGGGUAGCGUCAACUACCAAGCCAGUCACAAGCUCAACAACAACUUUGGGCUCGCAGACAUCUGCGCACCCGAUUUCUAGUGCCAAUUCCUCAACCAAAUCAGGGGAAAACUCUGCUCUAAAUUCGGAGGAACAAUCAGCCACCCCCUCGAAGACGCCGUUUAUAACAAACUCAACUUCCACGACAAAGCCUACCUCUGAGGCCGAGUUAACCACAACCUCCGAAGAAGCACACACCACAGCAAAGUCGGGCAAUACCGUUGCUCCCACAUCGUCUGAGAAAGGGUCGGCCACCUGGUCUGAAUCUGCUACGACCGAUUUGUCUUAUACCCCUGUACCCACGCAGUCAGACGUAUCUAGCAGCUCAGAUGAAUACUCAGCCACAGAAUCAGUUUCAACGCCCGUAUCUUCAUCUGCAUCUGCACCCACCACCACGCUAGACAAAUAUACGGUUAAAAAAGAGUCCUCGACACCCAUACCUACAGAAACACAAUCACGUACCAGUUCGGAGGCAGACCCAACCACAGCUUCGGCCCAAGAGCCAACAAACAACUGA